UCGGUUGGCAGCUUGCAACGCAACUGAAAAGAAAACUUGUAUUACAAAUGGCAACUAUCGCCAGUUGCUGAAAAGUUUUCGAUUAUUGAAAUUUGACAGCUCGUCAACCAGCGCAGGAUUGUAAACAAGCAAAAUAAUCGCAAAAUAAAAGUGAAAUAAAGUUAUUAAUAUAGAGUUUUUAAUAAUAAGUCUUGCUACAAUGCUUAGUUCAAUAGAACUAUUUUUUGAAGAGGAGGAGGAGUGUACGAACGCAGCAUCAAUCAGGCGACAUUUAAGGGAUAAUUCCAAUCCUUUAGAGCUGCCGCCGGCACUAUUUAAAGCAUAUUUCCGACUUCCAAAAGAAGCUGUAUUAUAUUUGGUAAAUACAUUGAGGAAUGACUUUAGGGGGAACCAUCGUUCAACUGCAGUACCUCCGCUAAUAAAAGUUUGCGCAGCUUUCCGAUUUUUUGCAGAAGGAAGUUUUAUGAAGUCUCACGGCAAUGACUUCAAUUUGGGACUGGCGCAACCUACGAUGUCGGUUGUUUUAAAACAGAUGCUUCAACUGAUUGAGGAAAAAAUUUGCAACCAAUGGAUUACUGCAAAAAUGGCCGAGGAAGAGAAAUCCAAAAACAAGAACUUCUUUUACUCGAAAACGAAAUUUCCUGGUGUUGUUGGAUGUAUAGAUGGGACACAUGUGCAUAUAAUGGGACCGAUGGAGGAUGUUCGCCACUUAUAUAUGAACAGAAAAGGAUAUUUCAGUUUGAAUGUUUUACUGAUGUGCGAUUACCAAAUGCGGAUACGGUAUGUUGAUGCUGGACAUCCAGGAUCUACUCAUGAUGCUUUUAUUUGGAACAAUAGUGAUUUGAAACAAAUGGUUGCUGAUGAUUUUGGUCAGAACACCUGGCUUCUAGGUUGUAUUUCGUUAAUAGUUAUGAAACCUUUUGAUUUAACCUUAAAAUACCUAGGUGCUUCUGGAUUUCCAUUAGAACCACAUCUUUUGACCCCUUUUCGUUCAGCGGAACGUGAUAGAGCGGACAAAUGGCGUCCUUAAGUCUAUAUUUAGAUGUCUUUCUGCUGAAAGGGGCCUGCACUAUAAACCUGACAAAGCUGGGUCAAUAAUAAAUGCAUGUUGCGCGUUGUAUAAUAUUGGUUUACACUAUAAAGCAGACUGGGAGGAAGAUCCGACAAUCUCGCAAGAAGUUGCAAGUCCAAAUGUAACCGAGAAUGAUAACACCGUAGCCUCUGAUAUAAGA